GCGACGCGGACGGGCUCACAGUUAGACAAUCGCUCCGCUAUCGCUACAACGCGUUAGUUGCGAUGACAUGACGUUUUGGUUGUUACAAGAGAUACAUAGCUGGAAUAGAAACUAUCACGACAACUGCGCGUGACAUUGUGUCGGGCGCCGGGCGGCCGGCUCCACGAGCUUACACCGUAGCGAUCGACGUGUGGCCGCCUAUUACACCGUGCAGUGUGGAACGAAUAUUUCAUCGCAAUUAAAAUAAUUCAGUGGUUUGAUAUGAAAUGACACAUAAUAGUGAUAAAAAGUCAGCAUUCUAUGUUGUUCAAUUCAUAGACCUGCCUUUUGAAGGAAUUGAUGAUUACGUAUGCGUGCCGUGCACUUGGAUAAUAGAGUUAAUACGCAAAGCGACAAUUAAUGACAGGGCUGUUGUUGCUUAUCCUAAAAACGAACAUCCUGUUGAUACGAGAGAUCGCGCGAAGAGAAAAGAGCGAAUCAAUGAUGAGUGGAGAUUUUAUAUGGCCACUAUCGAAUAUGAGUCAAAUUCUUACUAUGAUGCAGAACUUUGGAUCGCUACGAGAAAUAAUUAUGGAGCUGUGGUUGAAGAAACAUCAAAAGUAACAGAUAUACAACCAGAGCUUUCGAUAAACAAGAAAUUGCGCAGCGUCAAUAAAAACCAUUCGUCAGAACUCAAUGAUAAUUUUCGGAAACCACUGCCCGGAACAUCAAUCAAGCGACCAUCAAAGUCAAAAUCGAGGAAAGAAAUUAAUGAACAACGGUUGAAACUAGAUGAAUCUGCUCAGUCAUCCAGUGCGGUUGUUAAUGACGCCAAAGUAGAGCCUCGAUCUCCAAAAAGAAAACAGCCGGUUAUCAUCCAGGAUAUCCAAUCAAUGGAAAAUUCUCACGCAGAAAAAUCUGUCGUUUCUCAUGCUGAAGAAAAUACUGAACCAAGGUCUAAAACUCCGUGUACUGAUAAAACCGAACAAGCUUUAAGCUCACCCGUAAAAGACGUUGAUAAACGUAUUGAAGUUACCAAUGUCGAUGACAAAGAUCACUCUCAACGUGUUAAGAAGCCCGAACAAAAUAAUAACAUGAGCCAAGCUAACUCUUCUAGCAACGCAAAGGAUUUGACAAUGACAGCAACGCAACCUUCUACUGCAGAUAAACAGAGCACUCAGCCGAAUCAGUAUAAUCAUCAAGAAUGUAUUCCAGACAGAAGUUCACUAUCAAACUUUCUACCACAGAUUGAGAAUGUUCGAUCACUUUCAAAUGUUGACGAUCACAAACUACCUGCUAAUGAAAUUUCAAGUCAGAAAGUGUCUUCCGAUUAUGAGGGAUUAUGCUCACCCAAAAUUAUUGCUCAUCUAUACAGACACAUGAAUGCGGGUCGACGUUUAGUACCAAUUCAAAGACCGGACCGGAAUUCAAUCGCCCAAACCAGACCUUUGUCGACGAGCUCAGUAGAACAACUACCAGUGGUUAUUCAGAAUCAAUCUCAAAAUGAUACACAAGUUUCAAGAACGCACACUGGAAAUAGUUCCAGAGACCAAACAGUUCCGCUCAGGAGCAUCGGAAUGAUCUCUCAAGAAAUUCAUGGACCUAGAAUCAAUUUCGAUCCAAGGAAUUUUUUUCAGAGUGUCAAUAAUGCUGUAGCUACUUCACAACAGCCUACAAGCUUAUCUCAUAAGCCUCCUAGCUAUAUCCAACGAUCAGAUGGACAUCAAAAUUCAGUAGCACAUGAACAAUAUUAUACGAACUCUUAUCAUAAUCAAUAUCUACCGACCAACCAAGAUAACUUUCAACAAGAACUACUUCGGGGUUCUACAGAGAGAAACACUUACGAUCAUCGACCUACAUCUCAAACUAUCAAUAUGGGGAUUCCAUCAAUCAGACAAAAUUCAACACACCUUUCGAACUCAACGUAUCAGACUCCCGAGGAUGCACAACAGGGACAGAUGCAGCCAAACCAUCUAAAUUCACAGCAGCAACCUCAGAGACCUCAACUACGUAUUGCCAUCUCUAUCAAGUCUAAAGAUAGGAAUUCUCUUCAAGGGGUCACAACGAAAACGCCAUCGCCUAUUCUGACAAAUUUUCGGAAUUCAUUACAGCAAGCAGUAACAACUAGUAUUAAUAAAUUCCUUUCGAAUAAUCCACAACUUCAAGCAAGAAUAAGUCCUGGAGAUUACAAUGAAGAUUUAACAACCAGCCCGCAGAAUGUCAUAGCAUCAGAAACAAGGGACAGACAAAACACAGAAAUGCCUAGUUGCUCUAUGUACCAACCAUCCAGAAUACAACAUACAGCACCCCAUGAAAACAGAUAUCAAAACCUAUGCAAGCAGCAACAGUUGGUUCACCAUUCUACUCAAACGAAUUCAAAAAGAAAGCGAGUUCACUUCAUUGAUGACGCUACUAGGUUAUCUGUGACCGGAAGUCAUCUAAACGACAUGGACAACGCGUGUCAAAUAAACGAGUGCACGGUAGAUGAAACUCUGUCACCAUAUCAUGCAGUAACUUCAGAUUUUGAUGCUGUUACGAAUCAGGAAGUAAUCUCAGAUCAUGAGAUGUCAUCAGACGAAGCACCUGCUGAAACAGCUAACAAUGCUUACGGAACUGCAAAUGAUCCUGGGCGUAGUUCUGCAGAUAGACCGACAGCUGCCCAAAACUCUACGGCAAGGAGCUGCCAGAUGGAUCCCAGAUUUAUUUUAGAGCAGCAAAUGUUGGACAACUUUUCUACCCUCUUUACUCAAAUGGGAUCUACUUUGCGUCAUACGACUGAUAUGUACAAUACCUUACGAAGUUCCAUCCUGGAUACUGCCGUGACAUACAAAAAGUUAUUGGGUGCUGUCGAACAAUUUAACACAGUGGGAAACACAGCUAACAAUGCAUCUCCUUCGAGCAACCCAGUACCAGAUGUUCCACAGCCUUCUGAAGAAAGACACACUACAAUAACAGCGAGUGCCAGUACUAGUAAUCAAAAUCAACAUAGUAAUGAUGUUGCUAACAAAACGCCGAAAAAGAAACCCAGGAAGUUGUUCCGGUUCGUUCUACCACCGGAAUAUGACGCUCAUGAUUCAAGAUGGACAUUGAACUAUCCAGAAUAUCUGCCAGGGCUCGUAGAACUUGUACCUGAAAGUCAAAUUUACGUCAGCUAUGGAAACCUCAUAUAUUGUCAGCAAGUAUCGAAAGAUUGCCCAUCAUUAGCUCGACGAUUAUUAACAGAAGUCUUCAACAGAAAUGCACUGAGUGUUUGUUCAUCAUUAAGUGAGACAGCGAAGGCUUCUAAUAGUGUCGGAUCUAAUAUAAGGCCAGAUUUAGAUGACCAUGCGUGUUCGGUACUGUUGAAUUUUGUUAUAGAGCAUGGACUCCAACGUGAUUGGAAUACUGAUCUUAAACCUAUCCUUGAUAUGAUACACAGUAAGAUGCAAGAGAUUCGAAAUUCAAGAGAUUCAAAUAUGGUAUAAUGGUUGAAUGUUGAUGACACAAAUUGGGCCUACGAUACUUUAAUGUGCAAGUACUGCCCGGACAAAACCGACGACGUCAAGCACACGUUUUCCGAGUGCGAACGCUGGAUCAGGCAACUUCAAGCAAGACUCUCAACCCUGCAAGUCUAGUGAACGACAUGAUACGAAGAGAAGAAUACUAUACGAAAUUUAUUCAAAGCCAACUGGUGCGGUUAUCUAUUUGAUACACUAGUACUAUAAUAAUUAUUAUUCUCUGGUAGGAUUCGAAUUUAAUUGACACGCUUGUUUUGUAAUAAUUGUAUAUUCCCUAUCAUAAACAAUUCAUAAGAUUUACUAAAUUUCACUAACAAUGUUACUUAUGUAUUAGAUACUACUUAUAUAUUAUAAAUGCGGAAAUUUGUGAGGAUGAAUGUAUGUUUUUUACUCUUUGACGGAGAAACCACUAAACUGAUUUUAAUAAUUCUUUGCAGUGAUGUAGCAGGCUAGUAAUGUAAUUGCACAUGAGCUAUAGAAAUACUAGAUUUAUUUCACGGGUUCGUCGACUGGUGAAAAUGCGCGAUAUACCUAGUUUUUAUAAAAUAUCUUGAAAGUAUCUGUCUGCGAUUGUAUAGUGCGUUCCAUGUGCUUUCCCUGUCGCAUAUAAAUGUAACGUUUAUAAUAUAAUUGUACCGAAAAUAAGAUGAAAGUUACAUUUUA